CAUCUGACUGAGUGACUCCUAAAUGACCCGACAUCUGAUUGACCGACCCCUUGGCGACCGGUGUUUAGCUGCCAGCCCCUGUCGCACUCUGACAGGGUAUAAAGACGUGGCAAAACGGAGGCGCCUGCCUCUCCUCCAGUUUUCACGGAACACGCCGCACGCACUUGGCACCAUGACUCACCUGCUGCUACUUCUGCUCGCCCUGGUGAGCUGCUCUCACGCCUCCAUUAUCCUGCGAUUGAACACUUCAGCGGGCGAGGUCGUGCCUCAGGCUCGGUUCUACCUGGUAGCGCUGCGUCCCGUAGCGCUCAACAUCACCAUCUGCUCGCCGCCCAUGCCGCCGACGUGUGACCUCAACGACCCGGAGGCGUCCUACGUGGUGCAGCGCGCGGUCCGGCUGUCGGGCCACGCGCACAUCCUGCUCGACGGCCGCACUGUGCGCACAGAGUUCGCGCUACAGGCGGCCACCGGUCAACUGAGCGCCGCGGCCGGCAGACAGGCGGCGCUCGACCUGUCGGCGGAGAUCCUGGCCAACACCAGCUCUCCGCUGCUGAACCGACCGCUGGCCCCGGACGAACUCAGCCUGGCCUCCCUCUCCAUCGCCCGCAACGUCCCCAGCUGCGUGCGGCUGACUGUGCCGGUCGUUCGCGACAUGUGGGCCGGCUUCGCGUACCGCCAGGCGCAGCAGGUCAACUUCACCGCCGCCGACCCCAUCGGCCAGUUCGUCGUGGCGUCGGUCCUCUUCCUCUCACAGGACGAGAGGCCGGUGAACCGUCCGGACGCGCUCAAGUUCUCUCAGUUCGUGCGCGGUCGUCUGGCGCAGCUGGUGGGCGGCAGCUGCACGGAGGUGCCGGCCGUGCCGAGUCCGUCCUCCCAGCUGGUGGCGGUACAGAAGGAGCGCAAGGUCAUCCAGCUGGUCACCGUGUGGACCAACGGCACCGUCACCGUCAAGGAGGUCACGCCGGCUGAGGUGGUCCAGGGCGUGCCGUUCGCGCCCAACGGAGACGGCACCCUGCUGGUCGGCCGCAGAAUUGUAUGAAUGGGUGACACAGGUGUAAGCAUGUCUUGAAGCUGCUGUUUGUACUCUCAGAAAUCUGGGUAAUAUCAGCCUUUUGAAGCAUGUUUAAGUUCGUAUCACCCGCGGUAUGUUCGCAACGAAAAAUUUGUUAACUGAUGUACGAGAAUUAUGUGGAGACUAUGUGACAGGAAUUUUAAUACAAAGCAUGCAUACAAAGCGUGUAAAUAAAUACAAUAACACCAUAUUGCGUCAAACAGUUAAACAUCUACACAAUAUAAUGAAAUGAUGCGUUUGUUUGUAUCAGAAAGUGUUUGAUUAUUUAUGAAAAGCGAUAAUGUGAACAAAUACAUUGCAU